UAAUAAGACGACCACUUUACUGAAUUCAACCGGUCAAAUCAACAGUGCGUACAUUAAAUGAAGUUGUCUUCUACACUCCAACGGGAAGACUACUCCCUGUAUAUAAGAUACACUUCGAAGGACUGGAACCCUAAGGAAAGAACAAUGAUUCCUCUACGAUUCAAACACUCUCAAACUCAUACAUUCAAAAAGCUCAAGAGCACAACUUCACAGUCUUCAAGAGCAACAAAGUUUUACGUUGGAAAAGAUUAUAAACUUCAUAUCUUUUCUUUCCAACGUGAGAGAAUCAGUCCACCAGUUCUUCAACACUUCCAAAGCCUCAACUACACAUCCUUUGUGACGAAGCUACGUUGGAGAAACUGUUCUUAACUGAAACACUUCUUGCAAAAGAAGGGACGUCUCAAAGUAACUGCAAUAGUGAAGUGGGGAUACUUCAAGGAGACUCAGUGAAAUGAGACCAAUCAUCAGGAAGCCAGGAAGAGCAUCUCGGGUGACAGCUAGGCU